AUGGGAGCCGAGGAAAACCCAAAACCACAAUUUGAAACAUCAGAAGUGGAGCACGAGAAAGAAUCCUCCGACACCAAAACAAUUGUUCAGCGGAAAAGGAAACAUGAAAACAACAGAAACAAGAGAAAGGCUGGAGCCGUCAGAGCGUGUUUGUCAGAGCGUGUUUGUCAGAGCGCGACCAUCCUGAGUAAAACCGUCUGUGAUUGGCCGGUGUGGCUGCCGUGUGCUUUGGCUCAGAACCCGCUGCAGAGACGAGUCCAUCUGGAGCCCGUCUGCUCCGUUCAGGCCCAGGGCGACUUCAGAAACACCAGCGCUUCACAAAGGAGGUUCACAGACGAGUUUGGAAGAAUCUAA